GGAAGGAAUUCGGCAGCUGGGGGGGGGCAGUGAGACCGCGGGAGGAGAGCGGGGACCGGGGACAGGACACCGGACACAUGGCGGCGGCGGCGGAGGAGGGCGGCGGGGGAGCGCGGAGGGCGACCAAGAGCAGGCUGUUCGAGUUCCUGGUGCACGGAGUGCGCCCUGGGAUGCCCUCUGGGGCCCGAAUGCCUCAUCAGGGGGCUCCCAUGGGCCCCCCAGGACCCCCAUUUGGUGGAAGCCCAUCUGUCCGGCCUGGAAUUCCGCCAGCAGUGAUGGAACCAACCAGAAAGCGCUCAGCUCCACCGCAAGUUCAGCAGCAAACCACGCCCACACAGGGGCGGAGCCGAAGCGCUAAAAGGAAGAAGAUGGCGGACAAAAUCCUCCCUCAACGGAUACGAGAACUCGUUCCCGAGUCUCAGGCCUACAUGGAUCUUUUGGCGUUUGAGAGAAAAUUGGACCAAACCAUAAUGAGGAAACGUGUUGACAUCCAAGAAGCUUUAAAGAGACCAAUGAAGCAAAAACGGAAAUUACGACUUUACAUUUCUAAUACAUUUAACCCUGCAAAGCCGGAUGCUGAAGAUUCAGAUGGGAGUAUUGCAUCCUGGGAGCUGCGUGUGGAAGGGAAGCUUCUGGAUGAUCCCAGUAAGAUGAAACGGAAAUUCUCCUCAUUUUUCAAGAGUUUGGUCAUUGAGUUGGACAAAGAUUUGUACGGACCGGACAACCACUUGGUGGAGUGGCACAGGACUCCGAGCACUCAGGAGACUGAUGGCUUCCAGGUGAAGCGACCAGGAGAUGUUAGUGUCCGCUGCACCCUACUACUGAUGCUGGACUACCAGCCCCCACAGUUUAAGCUUGACCCCCGUCUUGCUCGUCUCCUGGGGAUCCAUACUCAGACGCGGGCGGUCAUCAUCCAGGCGCUCUGGCAGUAUAUAAAGACCAACAAGCUCCAGGAUUGUCACGACAAGGAGUACAUCAGCGGUGACAAGUACUUCCAGCAGAUUUUUGAUUGUCCUCGUUUAAAGUUCUCAGAGAUCCCACAGAGGCUGACGAACCUGCUGCUCCCGCCGGACCCCAUAGUCAUCAACCACAUCAUCAGUGUGGAUCCCACUGACCAAAAGAAAACUGCCUGCUAUGACAUUGACGUGGAAGUAGAAGAUCCACUAAAGGGACAGAUGAGUAGUUUUCUCUUAUCCACCGCCAACCAGCAAGAGAUCUCUGCCCUGGAUAAUAAGAUUCAUGAGACAAUUGAAUCCAUAAACCAACUGAAGAUACAACGAGACUUUAUGUUGAGCUUCUCUAGAGAUCCAAAGGGUUAUAUCCAGGACUGGCUCUUGUCCCAGAGCAGAGACCUCAAGAUCAUGACAGAUGUGGUGGGGAACCCAGAGCAGGAGAGGAGAGCCGACUUCUACCAGGAGCCUUGGUCCCAGGAGGCUGUGAGCCGCUACUUUUACUGCAAGAUUCAACAAAGACGACAAGAGCUGGAGCAGUCUCUCGGUGUCCGGAACACAUAAAGGCCUCUUCAUUCACCAACCUUGGCCGAUACGUGGCUUCUCCAUCCUUACUGCUCCCUCAUGGUACAUACACAGGACUAAACCUCAUGGCAUAGUAUUGGAUACUCCUGGUGCCGGCUCAUACGUUCCACCGUUACCCAACAUCAGGAGAUCUCUGUUCUCACGCUUUUUGUCAGAAGUGCCAAGUAAAUCUCCAUUAUUAUUGUUAUCAAUGUUACGGGAUGCAAUCGAGGACCAUGUACUGUCUGGACCAAGUUCUGUCAGGGAGCGGUCAUGCAGGGGGGGGUCCCUUACAGGCGGGGCACUUUUAGCAGUAUUAUUUUUUAUAAAGCAGCGUCAUAUACGCAUUAGGUAACGCUCAAAGCCCAGCUGUAGGUACCAAAGACGGAGUAGUUUUCUGACAGUUUCUAGACAAGAAGUGCCUGGAGCUCAGUCUGCUGGCUUAUGGGUCACCAUUGCUGAUACCCAGGAGGACUAAUAGCUGAACCUCCGUGUACAAUGUGAAUUUCUCUCUCCUGUCAGGGUCCAUGAAUGGUUUCACCUGCUAUCUAGGUACAUUUUGUGGCUCUAAGCCAUCCACGGACUCUGGGUUUGGCUGCUCACUGCUUGGAAUGGUCCAUGACUACUCCUCGUCACAUAGCCAGUUCCUGCACUAGGGAAGCCUCCAGCGUCAUCGGGGUAGGCCCGGGCCAGUAGGUAGUUGUGGGGGGUAGAUAGAUUUGUGUUCAGCACUGUAUAUUACCGUCGUAGCUGCUGUGUGUAGAGUCACAAUGUGACCGUUCAAUAAAUUCCAUUUCUACCUAA